AUGAGGAGCCUUGUCCUCAGGGUGAGAAACCUUGUCCUCAGAGUCAGGACCCUUGUCCUCAGAGUCAGGACCGUUGUGGUCGGAAUGAAGAACCUUGUCCUCAGAGUGAAGUACCUUGUCCUCAGUGUGAGGAACAUUGUCCACAGGGUGAACAACCUUGUCCUCAGCGUGAAGAACCUUGUCCUCAUCGGAAGAAGCUUGUCCUCAUCGUGGAGAACAUUGUCCUCAGGGUGAGGUACCUUGUCCGCAGGGCGAAGAACCUUGUCCUCAGAGUGAAGAACCUUAUCCUCAGAGUUUCAAUAACCUUGUCCUCAAAGUGAGGAACCUUGUCCUCAGAUUGAAGAACCUUGUCCUCAGAGUGAGAAACCUUGUCCUCAGAGUGAGGAACCUUGUCCGCAGAGUGAAGAACCUGUCCUCAGGGUGAAGAACAUUGUCCUCGGAGUGAAGAACCUUGUCCUCAGAGUGAAGACCCUUGUCCUCAUAGAGAAGAACCUUGUCCUCAAAGUGAAGAACCUUUUCCUCAGUGUGAGGAACAUUGUGCUCAGGGUGAAAAACCUCGUCCUCAGCGUGAAGAACCUUGUCGUCAGAGCGAAGAACCUUGUCCUCAUAGUGAAGAACCUUGUCCUCAAAGUGAGGAACCUUGUCCACAGUGUGAGGAACUUUUUCUCAGAUUGA